ACGACGACGGGAGGAGGAGGAGGAGGAGGAGGAGGAGGGAGGAGGAGGAAGAGGAGGAAGAGAACCACAACAAACCCUCGGAGUCCUGGAAGGUUACCUCCUUGCCAGGACUAUCAUCGGCCGCCAGGUUUACUGCAGCUAUCGACGAAAUCACGAAUCGAUUCGAAGGCACACAACCUAGCCCAUCACAAGAUCGUCAGACUAUUCCCACCUCGAUAUCUGGCCUCAUCCCUUUAGCUGGAUUGCAGGACGGGAGGAUGUAUCUUCUCCAUGUCCAACGAAAUGUCACAGAUUAUAUCGCUGCACACCUUCGGAGGAAAAAAUUUGCCGUCAAGGUGUCAGCUUGGAUAGCUGGCCAGCUGUAUGUGGUGGCAGACAGCCCCAAAACCAUCGCAGAUUCGCUUCCUUUCUCGCUCUACCUCGCCGUGAAACAAUAUCUCGUCAUAACGGAUGAGGAACGUGAAAUGGUCGAGCGUUCUUGCAGCAAGCUUCCCAUUCCAGCUUGGGUGAGGAUCAAGCAUGGCAAGUAUAAGGGCGACAUAGCCCAAGUCUUCGAUUCGGAUUUGCCGAAUGAUUUGGUUGCGGUCUUGGUUCCCUACGAGAUUUCCCAUACCCCAUGUCCCGAGGAUCUCGGCUGCAAGUACAAAGGAGAGAGAUACUACAUGGGCCUCCUACUUCGCAACUUCCACCGCGAUCGCCUAGAACGUGUCGUCUGCCCUCACGUUAACGACAUUGAACUCCAUUUGCGAUCCGGAUGGGACAAGUCAUUCCUCAAGAGCACUGUUGUUGCGUUUUCGAUGCAGUUCUUGCACGCAGGCGAUUGGGCCAAGAUCGUCAAAGGAGAUCUUAGUUCAGAAGUCGGGAUGGUCACCUCAACCGACCAUACUGUCGGUUCUGCCACCUUGGAUUUGAGCUUGAGUGGACACCGAAAGGAAGUAGAAUGUCGAUUGCAGGACAUAGAACGCGUGUUUCGGAUCGGCGACACGGUUCGAGUUGUAGCAGGUCCAUACUUCGGUGUGGAGGGGCACAUUAUUGAAAUGGUAGAUGAUAUAUUUCGUCUUUGUCAAGAUGUCUCAAAGGAAGAGGUGGAAGUUUCAAAGUACUAUCUGGACCAGCGCCCUCUGACUCACACGUGGCAAGAACGACCACCAACGCAGCAACUUUUUACACCUCCCGCUGAUGUUGAAUCAAUUCAAAUAGGGGAUUGUGUAGAAGUACUUGUGGGGGAGCAUAUAGGCAAGUGUGGCAUCGUGCGUUGGCUGCCCAAGGGAGGAGGAACUCUGUGGUUCCAGGACGGAACAUUGUACAUUCCGGUUCCCAUUGCAGUAGUUCGGCGGACACACCUCCCACACCUUCAGACAUUACAGUUCACGAAAGACAAGGGCUAUGAUGUCAAACCUGGAGACAUUGUAAGAGUCGCCCGUGGGCCAGAAUAUCAGACGAAAGGGAUCGUGCGAAGCGUCGACUUUCCGAAUGCUCGUUUGACCCUACUCUCUGACAUCGAUCAUUCACUCGUUGAUGUUCCCAUCUCUUUCGCGAUGAAAAUACACAACGCCAGCCUGGAUUCCUUCAAACAGGACAUCGGCCAAGAAGUAUUCAUCAUUGGGGGUGACCGUAAGGGUUACCGAGCUACGCUCUACAGCCUCGCCGUAGAGAAAUGUACACUUGCUGUGCAUGGGCAGCAACGCACUACAAUCCCACUCCAGAAUGUUGCCACAAGGUACGGAAGGAGACUAAACGGUACGAUGCUCGAAGGAAUAGACAUGUUGUCUUUCUGUGAGAUGCGGAGAAAAUCGUACCUAGCCCCACAACCUCGAAGCGUCACCCCCCCACCUGAGAAGGCUCACUCUAGCUCAUCGGUUGCAAUUGCAGCUCCUGGCACGUCCUCAUCCGCCUGGACCAACUGGACCACCAGCCCCGAUGAUCAGGCUAGCAGUCCUUUGCCCAGCAUUAAUCCCAGCACUUUGACUGCCGAUCCGAAUCCCUGGACUGUCGAUACUGGCGACACACUAGAUAACAUUGAUUCUCGAUCGGAGAAACUCGAAGAGGGCCCGCUAGCUUGGCUAAUGAAAAAGGAAUUUUCCUCCAAGCUCACCACGUAUCACGUGAUGUUAAAAGUCUCGCCCUCCUUUAUGAGAGGCAGGCUACACAAUCGAUUUGUGUCAACCGCUUGCCCUGAUCCCUUCCUCGGUCUGAAUGGACCCGCCCCCGAGGGCUGUGUUGCAGUGUUCUGUUCAUCGAACGAUCUGUCUUGUGGAGAAGUCACGCGCUACUAUGUGAUACCAUUAUACCAUUACCACUACCUUGCCGUUCAAUACCAUUACCAUUACGAAAGCACCCUGCGCGACGAAUACCUGAUGACUGCUCACCGAGCGCCCACCGAGCGCCCAAUGAAUGCGCACUAA